UCAAAUUUCAUGCAACGAGAGUGAAAGUAGAAAAGAUAUUUUGGUCUUCACAAUUACUUUUUUUUAUUCAUAAAAAAGGCACGUGAAAGUAGGAAAGACAUUUUGGUCUUCACAAUUACUUUUUUUAUUCAUAAAAAAGGCACGUAAUGGGAUUCGAACCAUAACCACUUUAAAGAAAAUCAAUGAUCAUAACCAAUCACACUAAUGAGAUUUGGAUGUUGUAUUUUGUCUCCAAAUACAAACCAUCAUAUUUUUUGUCCAAAGCCAUUGUUUGUUAAGGUAGGCAAAUCCGUGGGGCCCACGGAUUUGGACACUUUUUUUAGUUCCAAAUUCGUGGACCCCACGUAUUUGUAAAUACCACAUUUCAUUUGGUAUUUGCAAAUACCACAUUAUGGAAGGCAAAUUUUUGAGAACCAAAUACCAAAUGACUAAAUCCAUGAUAAAAAUUCAACUAAACAAACAAUGUUAUCUUUCAAAUACAAAAUGAAACAAAUCCAUCAUAAAUCCAAAGUUUUUCAAAACUCAAAACCUUCAUUUUCAAAUCCAACAAGCAAAACCGUACCAUACCGGCGGUUCGAUCAGAAAAAUCUUAUACCGAUAGUAAAACCGAUAAGCGAUAUUUAAGGAUAUGAAAUGGUUGAACCACGAUUAAAUCACGAUUUCAACAGAAAAUGCUAUAUACUAGUUAGAAUGUGAAAGGACAAAAAUUGAGGGGAAGAUUUCUCGCCACUAGGAAUGGCAAUGGGGCAGGUCCGGGGAGGGUUUCUCGAUACCCAUACCCGCCCCAUAGCAGGUCGUGUCUCAGUGCACUGAUACGAAGCCCGCCAUGGGCAUCUCCGAGCCGAUUCAAUUACCACUAAGUCCGCCUUCAACGGACCUCCUCGAAGUUGCAAGAAGACGGACCGUUUCGCGAUCAGCUCCGCUCCACAAGCAAAAACCCAUCGUGCCCUCAAGCUCCACAAGCAAGAAUGCUGACUGGUACUCAGAAGGCGGACGUUAUGCAUCCUUUUCGUAGUGCCCACUAUACCCAUUGAAGUAGAAACCUGAUUCUACUUCCCAGUAGGUGCAACGUUGAUAUUACUAGGCUCUCUCCUUCAUCGCUCAGCUAGACCGGUGGGAGGACAAGAAACAUAAAAAUAAAGGGAACGCUUCCCACAACCGGCAUUCUGGCUUCCAUAUUGAGGGAACCAGCUAGCACACUACAAGACGGCGUGGCGAGCCAAAACGCGAGUCCAAAACUCUGCCGCCUCCAGGCGAUGUCCCCUCUCGUCAAUGCUUCCCGCUCCCAAGCUGUACACUUCUCUCGAAAUGAUUCCCGCUUCCUGACGUGGAAUGUUCCCGCCUAUGAGCAACGCUCCCGCUCGAGAAAUGCUUUCCGCUUCUUUGCGAUGCUCCCUCAGUGGAACGAAUCACCCCUUCUGCCUCCAGGCCAAGCUAAAAACUCACACUCAGCUUCUAGCCUCCGAGAGAAGCUACGAAGUAAAAGCGCUUUCCCGAAAGCCAGAAUACCAAAACGCUUCCUAACGAGCCAAAGAAUAAAGCGCUUCUCAAAGAAGCCGAAAGACUAAGGAAAAGGAGAGUCCUAACAGGCUCAAGGGCACCACGGAUCAAACUUGUUUCACUCCUGUUAAGUCCAACGCAAUCCCAACCCAGGGCAUCACUCAACGCAACCCACUUUGCCACCUCGACCGAUCGGAAGAUCCGCUUUUAACAGAAUCGCUCGUCGUACACACAACCUCCAAAGUAGGGUCGGACAUGGUAAAAUCCCGCUUAACGGCCCACAAAGUAAAUCACCCAACCGCGCAUCCUGCCCAGCAUCAUGCAUCGGCUGGUGGCAAAGCGCCUCCCAAUAAAGAAGCGCCUCUUAGCAGGCUUGAAUGUGGUGAGUCUUCCACAGGAUGAAAGACUAACACACUCCUCCUAAAAGAGCUUCCUAAGAAGCCGAAAGACUAAAGCGCUUCUCAGAAAGAAGAAGGACCAAAAUUCCCAAAGAGCUAGAAGGAAGAACCCCCCAAGCAGGCAGGAACACCGAACACCUCCUGACAGGGACAACUUUGGCAAGAACGAGAAACUCGAUCACGCCGUUAGUAAGACACAAGAGCGUUUAAAGCUAAAUCUCUUUCCCCGCUUUGCCACAAACCCUAGUCUCUGUCCAAAUUCAAAGACCGCCUUAGCUGGCCUGGCCUCCUGGACAAUCAUCGUGAGAUGGCUUCAAUAAGGCCGCCUCACAAGACACUCCCAUGUGCAAUUAUCGUCUCGACACACUGCAUCUGACCCAUAACCGCCUCUGACGGUCAGCGAAAGCAGUUAGCUCGCUUCACACCCAAACCGAUCCACCAACAGCGGUCCGCUUCACACAUCCGGAAUACUCACCCCUACAUUGAACCGCGGCUUCAGCAAUUCACAUCCCGCGUCCCACGAAAGAUCCAGACCGCCCAUCAGUAGGCUACAAGACCGCUUUAUGCGACUACAUCCCUUAUCCUUCGCACGUGGGCCGCAUCCUAGUCCGCAAAUAGGCUGACUCGCACAUCAGUUCUCAAAACUCGUCAUCAGGCAAAGCAUCAAGGCCCGCUCCGCAAUCAAUUUCUUAAAACAGUCCUGCUCCGACCGCCUCCAGACAACCGCUCCGCAACAAAGACUAUUUCCUAAUUCACGAGCCCAUGCCCAUUCUACCACGUUCUUCCUUCAACGCAUCGCCUCCCCAGCAAAGCGAAGACCACAGAUUCCAGUAACCGUCGUGCUAUGUCACCCCACACCGGUUUAGUGAUAGGACCUGAUCCCUCGAAGCCCAUACAACGAAAGUAGCAACACCAACUUUCCAUCAACUGACAGCACUCUGCCUCAUCACCAAUUAUCCAGUCCAGCUCACCCUCUACCUCUCAUAUAAGCACCGGCUACUCCUCAUUUACAGCUGAAGCGCAUCAGGUCUUCAAAGACCGUCCAAGAAGUUUGCACUCUCCAUACAAACCUUAGAUGUAUGCGAGGCCUGCCUCCCGACUCAUUUUGACGUCCAUACAAGCCGAAGAUGUAAUGCCUCUCGACAGAUAAGGAAGAAACGCCUCCCGGUAGGCUAAGGGCAAAAAGCCCCCAGUAAGCUAGAAGAAGACUCUCGGGAAGGGUGCAUAUCACACAAGUGCAUUUUCAAGAGAAAGCGCGACCCAAUAUUUGUGUCAGGAAUUGCAACCUGCUCCACAAACGCGGCUUCCCCCCGCCAAUGAAGCCCAUGUAGAAGU